AUGGCCAUGAAUAAGUCAUCGACGUAUUUGCGUAUGAUCGGAACAGGAAAUGAGUGGCCAACGUUGGUAAAGAGUGUACCAACGUCCCCGGUGGACUCUGGAUCGGACAUAAACGUCAUCAAUACGGAAGCAUGGACAGCUCUGAAACAGCAAAGUGUAAAGGUUGUCAAUAUGCAGAAGGGAUCGGAACAGGUUAUCAAAGGUUACGGGAGCGACAUACCACUUAAGGUUAUGGGAACUUUCGAAACUGAGGUAACAAUUGGUGAAAAAUCAGUUUUCGCUAAGUUUUUUGUCGUAGACGGAGGCCAGCGCUGUCUCUUAGGAGAUGCAACAGCGAAGAAUCUCGGGAUUCUGAAAAUUGGUGUGGAUAUCAACCAGUUGGAAAGACGAGAAGUUGCGUUUGGAAAAAUUAAGGAUGUGCAGGUCCAAAUACACAUGGACCCUUCUUUCAAGCCAGUAUUUCAGCCGGUACGCCGUGUACCCAUUCCGUAUGAGGCAGCUGUAAAUGCCAAACUCGACGAGCUUCUAGGAAAAGACAUCAUUGAGGUGAAUAUUGUCAACAAUUAUUUCUUCUAA